UUUUUGACAUUUACGCUGUUCAAUAGUAUUAUUAACAUUAUAUUUUGACAGACCGCGGCAGCACAGAUACACGCAGGACAUUCACAACCAGCAACCCAGAUCUGAGAACAAUCAACCUCUGGGAACUAUAAGUGGACCUGAGGAAGGCAUUAGGGUAUGUCAAAACGCGGUGUCCCCAAUUAUACCAAUAAAAGUUUUAUUGUCCUGUGCUGCUCGAGUCUUCUCUCCAUGACUAGUUGUGCAGCGCCUCAGCUAACCGGUUUCUUUACCUUAUUAGUCUUUCGAUAUUCUCUAUCGGGGUCCGAUACCAGCAAGAGUGCAGCAGGCAACAACUGCAAUCACCUUCACUUACGCCAUUUCCUGCAAAUGCCAGUGCAGCUUCAUAUAAGGUUGGUAUAUCACCUAGGUGUGGUGGAGGGUACACACCAGCAGUUACACCUCAUUAUGUAGCGCCCCCUGUGGUUUUUUUAUUAUUUUUUUAAUCUCUUCCUUUAAGCUACAGCUGAAUUUUGGCAUGGAAUUCUGCAUAUAAAUUCUGCAUGUAUUUAUAGCCAAUACACUACAAUGGGAUUCCGCUGUCUCAUUCACACGGCAGAAUUUCCGCUGCAGGAACUCCAUCGGGUGUGACAUCACACAGGGGCGGAGUCGUGACAUAGCGCCGCAGAGAGCUCGCAAAGAUGGGUGCUGAACGACAGAUUGCGGGGACCUCUGCAAUCAGACAUCUUAUCCCCUAUCCUUUGGAUAGGGCCGGAGUACCCCUUUAACCUGCUGCAAGUUUAUCAACCGUGAAAAUACCAUAAGGUUUAGUUCACAUUGAGAAUCCGACAGCCAUUACUGCAAUGUAUUACCACUGACAGCAAUGGGAUUAUGUCUGUAGAACAAUCUAAGACAUAGAACAGAUAUACGUAGGAACGAUCAUCCAUUUUCAGACAAGUCUUCCAUUACAAGUCGCCUGGUCACCCAUAGCAACCAAUUUCCAGUGAAACUGAGGUAACGAAAGCUUAACUAUGAUUGGUCGCUACUCACUUGUGACGUCACAUCUUAAAACGUCUACAGAACCCCAGGCAGAUUUACCAGACACGCGCGGUCCCUACUGGUCGCUAUGCGCAUGCGCAUUGAGACAGCUGUUAACGCUGUCAACUGGAAAAAAAACAUAAACAACCCAUAAGCCCGCCCUUUAAAAGGCGGGAGGGGGUGGUAGCGACCCCACAGCUACAACCGCCCCUUUUACGACCCCGCCCAUAUUUGGAGAGCUCUGCCAAUCAUACUGACACGCCCCCAUAGUCGUUUCCCUUUACUUCACCAGUUUUCCGCCCACCUCCAGGGGGACUCGCUCCGUAUAGAACUAAGCAGCCAAUAAGCGCUCUGAACGAACGGCAGCCCCAGAGAACCAUUUGCAUAGCCGCGCCCCUCCCUUGGCUUCUUGUCAGUUAGCAACAAAAUGGCCGCAGCUGCCCAUUUUCUGCCUCCCGUCAGCGGAAUAUCGCUAGUGCUCUGAGGGGAAAGCCGCGGAACACAGCGGGCAGCCUGAGAGGAAGCCCUCCCCCCUGAGCGCAGCCAGGCCCCGCACACACCCGGAGGAGGUGACAGCGCCCUGCGGAGGGAGCCUGGCCGUGUCCCGGGGGAGAGGCGCGCACACCGGGAGCCUUCACUCCUUGUCACCAUCUCCGCAGCCAAACACGCUCCUUCUCCCGGCGCUGCUCCCCGCUCUUCCUUCCUCACUGGAUCCAACCUGGUGUCCCCGGAGCCCCCUCCUCUUCCUCCGCCCUCUGAGACUGACCGUAAAGUGGCGGCCGAUUGACAGGAGGGAAUCGGUAACCGAGAGCUCUCCGCUACAGACACUGCCAUCAAGACACGGGGGGAGAGGAGACCAGGGACAUAGAGCCAGAGACUCAAAAAGAGGAACAUUUGAUGGAAGAAAAGAAAAAGAAAAAGCAGGAAGAAAAGAAGAAGAAGGAAGGUGCCCAGAAAAAGGCUGCUGAACAAAAAACCAAAGUGCCAGAACCAAUCAAGAACAGUUCCAACCAGCCCCAGUCUGCUGCUCCCAGUACUUCCACCAGCACUGUCCAAAACAGCAAUGGCAAGCGAGCCCCUGCCAGUGGCCAGCAAACCGCUGCCUCCCGUUAUCUGCCACGAGAGGUGCCUCCUCGCUUUCGCCAGCAAGAACAGAAGCAAUUAUUGAAAAGAGGGCAGCCACUGCCAACUGGGACACUGACCAGCGCUAAUACAGGACAGGAUACUGGACAAACUGGGGCAAGCCCACCUGCACAGCAGGGGGCUGGUGGAGCUCACCACCCCACAAAGACACACUCCGAUCUCUGUCACAGUGGUCUUGGAGACCAUUAUGAAAAUUCCCAUUGGGGACCGCAGCCUAUACUCAGAGGUGAAACCGGUUAUAGCUGGGAUAAAGUGAUAAUAGACAGGACUGACAAGGAAGCGUGGCCUUCCAUUACAGGAGCUGAGACUGAAUCUGCCUCAGAAUGUACUACAGACACUGACUCUGCCUCCAACUGUGGUUCUGAAAAAAGUAGCAUGGCUACGAGUGCCCAAGGCAACUUCACUGGACAUACAAAGAAAGCAAAUGGCAAUAAUGGUGCCAAUGGAGCACUCAUCCAAAGCACUUCUAGCCAGAGUGCCAUUGGAGCAGGUGGAGCAAAUGGGAAUGGAAACCUGGCUAGGGUUUGGGGUCCAGGGUCUGGCUCGAACUCUAGUAUUACACACUGCUCCUCCAGUAGUGCGGAAGGGAAGGUGGACAGCAUGAUUGGAGAGGGUAGGAGUCAGAAUUGCUGGGGUUCUUCCAACUCAAAUACCGGCAUUAAUCUUAACCUUAACCCUAAUGCCAAUCCAGCUGCCUGGCCUGUGCUUGGACAUGAAGGAACUUUAAGUGGAGGUAAUACUUCAAAUAUUUGCAGUCCAGUCAGUGCCAUAGGUCAGAAUAUCAGCAACCAGAAUGGAAACACAGCAGGUACCUUAGGUGCUUGGAGAAAUUUGCAGUCACAAGAGAGCACAGAACCACAAACGUCCACUUCUCAGAAUGUGUCUUUCAGCAUACAACCUCAGAACCUUAACACUGAUGGACCAAAUAACACUAACUCCAUGAAUUCUUCACCAAACCCCAUUAAUGCAAUGCAGACAAAUGGACUGCCCAACUGGGGAAUGGCUGUUGGAAUGGGGAGUAUCAUCCCACCACACCUGCAAAGCCUUCCUGGUGCUAAUGGUUCAGUUUCUCAAGUAAGUGGGGUUGGCUGUGACAGCACAGGCAGUUCAGUCUGGGGUUUAUCACCAGGAGUCCCUGCUACUGGAAACUGCAGUUCUGGGUUCAGUCAGGAAACUGGAGAUACUGCUAGUACAGCAGUAAAUGCUAAACAAAAUGGAUCAGGAUGUGCAACUCCGAAAGAUGGAUCAGGUGUCAGUGCAUGGGAUUCAGGACCACCUACCAGCCCAGGAGUACUAGCAUGGGGUAGAGGGAGAAGCAAUGGAAAUAUGCAUUCUGGACCUUGGGGUCAACCAAACCGUGGCACAAGCAACAACAUGAAUGGUGAAUGGGUUAAGGCUCCAAACCAGCAUUCCAGUAAUGACAUCAAUGGAAAAGGAUCAACAGGGUGGGAUAGUAUUACCAUUCAGAAUCCUCCUCAGCAGGGAAGUGAUAUUAACUCAAGGGCCAAAUCUGUAUUGUCUGGGACUUCAUCAAAUGACACUGCUGGAAAUCCAAAUGAAGGAAGGGUGGCAGAAUCUCAGCGAGGGGACAAGAGUUUGACAGAUCAGGGGCAGAUACAGUUGCCAAGACAAGACCUUGAUCCAAGGGUCCUUUCAAACACAGGAUGGGGACAGGUCCCAGUUAAGCAAAAUAUUGCAUGGGAAUUUGAUGAAUUUCAGCGGCCUGACAAGAAGACUAUUGGGACUGAGGCUUGGGGUUGUACAAACUCACAACCCUCAAACUCAGGGGGGAAGAGUGAAGGGUCCAUCAUGAACAGUACAAAUACCUCUUCAGUAUCAGGAUGGGUUGGCCCCCAACCUAUAUCUGCUCCUGUUAAUGCAAGUUGGGUAGAAAAUAAAGCGCCAAAUGGUCCAGGGGGGUGGGGAGAUCCUGCAAGCUCUACUGUUGUCAAUGCUGCUGCCAAAAGUGGUCACGCUUGGAGCGGGUCCACUAAUCAAGAGGACAAGUCUCCAACUUGGAGUGAGCCUCACAAGUCGAAACCGCAAGGCUGGGGAGAUGGACAGAAAUCAAAUCCCAGCUGGACAGCUGGUGGGGGAGACUGGAAUGAUGUACCACCUGUUCCAACACACAUGACUGAUGGAAAGAAAAAUGCAGCUGGGUGGGAAACGGAUGGAAAGUCUGGAACAGGGUGGAGUGAAAAUUCACGGUCUGGGACCACUGGGUGGGGAAAUGGCACAAGCACUAAGGCAAAUUCGGGUACAGGCUGGGGGGAACCCGUGAAAACUCCUCAGCAAAACUGGGGCAACAAGCCCCAAGACAACAAUGUGAGUGGUUGGGGAGGAGCUGCAUCUGUAAAACAGACUGGAUCUGGGUGGGUUGGUGCGCCAGUGCCAUCACCACAGUCAGCCAAGCAGAAGGAUCCAAAUACUGAAUCCAGUGGCUGGGAAGAGCCUUCACCACCGUCCAUACGCCGUAAAAUGGAAAUUGAUGAUGGUACCUCAGCUUGGGGAGACCCAAGCAAUUACAACAGUAAAACUGUAAAUAUGUGGGAUAGAAAUAACACCGUGGUUCAGACUGCCCCAUCACCUAACACCAACACCACCCCAAUCACUCCUCCAAGUACUAGUUUGGUUGAACCACAGCCACCUCACCAGGCAAGUGCCCAGCAAAACCGAUCCCCUUUACUUGGUCCAGGCUGGGGAGAUAUGCCCCCUGUCCAAUCUAAGGCGGAGUCCUCUUGGGGGGAACCUCCAUCUCCAUCUGCUACAGUUGACAAUGGGACAUCAGCAUGGGGCAAGCCUUCUAAUAGUGGUUCAGGAUGGGUGGAUGGCUCCACAGAACCUCCUGGAUCUUAUGGGAGGACAAGUGCUCAAACUGCUGCCCCUGUGCUGUGCAAACCAGCUCCAAAAUCUAUGCAAGAAAGCUGGGGAAAUGGAGGAGAGGAUGUCGGGCUCAGUCAGUGGGAGGAUGAGGAAACUGAUAUGUGGAGUAACGCUGCUUCCCAAGAGAGUAAAUCAUCCUGCAAUUCUUGGGGUAAUGGCCCCAAGAAAGGACUUUCAAAGGGCAUGAAGACCCCAAAUAAGUCUGAUGAGGCCUGGAUUAUGACCCGAUUGACCAAACAGCUUACUGACAUGGGCUUUCCGAAAGAGCCUGCGGAGGAGGCCUUGAAGAGUAACAACAUGAACCUAGACCAGGCCAUGAGUGCUCUCCUGGAAAAGAAGGUGGAAAUGGACAAGCGUGGAAUGGGAAUGGCUGACUAUAAUGCUAUGGUCGCCAAACCUAUGAGCUGCCGCCCACCACCGAUCUCCAAAGAGUCUUCCAUGGACCGCCCUACUUUCCUAGACAAGCUCACCAUCUCUCUCUCCAACCAGGAUGGCGGCCUAAUGGAAGAGCCCACUACUUCACCAUUUUUGCCUUCACCAAGUCUGAAGCUCCCCCAUCCAAAUAGUGCACUCCCUAACCAGGCCAUUGGUGGCAUGACACCAAGCCUAAACAUGCAGAACUUGAAUUCCUCUAGACAGAUACAGAGUGGCAAUCUGGGCAUGUUUGGCAAUAGCGGAGCAGCACAAGCCAGGUCCAUGCAACAGCCACAGCAGCCACCAGUGCAACCUCUCAGCUCAUCCCAGCCUAGUCUUCGUGCUCAAGUGCCUCAGUUUUUAUCCCCUCAGGUUCAAGCACAGCUUUUGCAGUUUGCAGCAAAAAACAUUGGUCUCAACCCUGCACUAUUAACCUCGCCAAUUAAUCCUCAGCAUAUGACCAUGCUGAACCAGCUCUACCAGCUGCAGCUGGCGUAUCAGCGUUUACAACUCCAGCAGCAGAUGCUACAGGCUCAGCGUAAUGUUUCCGGACCCAUGAGACAACAGGAGCAGCAAGUUGCACGUACAAUCAAUAACAUGCAGCAGCAGAUACAGCAACAUCAGCGCCAGCUUGCCCAGGCCCUGCUCAUGAAGCAACAGCCUUCCCAUCCUCAUCCACCAUUACAUCCUUCUGCAGGCAAGUCAGCCCUGGACAGCUUUUCCCCCCAUCCAUCUGGUUCAAGCCUGACUGACCUGCACACCAAAGAGCAGCAGCCUUCUUCUAAUACCUUUUCUCCGUACCCAAUUGUUCCUGGAUUAAAUCCCACCAUGAAUGUAAACAGUAUGGACAUGACUAGUGGUCUGUCAAUGAAGGAUACAUCACAAUCUCAAUCUCGUCUGCCUCAAUGGACUCACCCCAACUCAAUGGAAAGCUUGGCAAACUCUUCUUCACCUCUUGACCCUAGCCCUGGAAAACCAAGUAAUCUGCCAGGGAACCUAAGUAUUGGCCCUCCUGUGAAGCCAUCCAUAGAGGACUCCUACAGCCGAUAUGACCUUCUCCCAAACAAUGAAUCUCCAACAAGCCCCCCUGUUGCUGUUUCUGAUAGCUGGUCACGUGCCAAAUCUGAAAAUGAGAAAAUCUCAAAUGGAUCCAGUAUUAACUGGCCUCCUGAAUUUCAUCCUGGAGUGCCUUGGAAAGGUCUGCAAAAUAUUGAUCCUGAGAAUGAUCCCGAUGUGACCCCUGGAAGUGUCCCUACUGGACCCACCAUUAACACCACAAUCCAGGAUGUAAACCGCUAUCUGCUAAAGAGUGGAGCAAAACUGUCUGAUAUAAAGUCCACCUGGUCAUCAAGCCCCAUCUCCCACAGUCAAGCAUCCUUGUCUCAUGAGUUGUGGAAAGUACCGAGAAACACUACAGCUCCAACAAGACCACCACCUGGACUGACUAAUGCCAAGCCUUCCUCCGCCUGGGGCUCAAACCAGCUGGGCUGGACCAGCUCGUACUCAACAGGUUCAACUUGGAGCGCAGACAGUUCAGGAAGAUCAAGUAGCUGGCUGGUCCUGCGCAAUCUUACACCACAGAUUGAUGGUUCAACACUGAGGACACUGUGCCUGCAGCAUGGCCCUCUAAUAACAUUCCAUCUGAACCUUACUCAAGGCAAUGCUGUGGUCAGGUACAGCUCAAAGGAGGAAGCUGCAAAAGCCCAGAAGUCCUUACACAUGUGUGUCUUGAGCAACACUACUAUUCUGGCAGAAUUUGCUGGUGAAGAAGAAGUGAAUCGUUUCUUGGCACAAGGGCAGUGCCUGCCCCCCACUUCCAGCUGGCAGUCUAACACUGGGAAUAGUCAGCCUCGACUGGGUGGAGGUGGGGGCUCUCACAGUAUGGUGCGCAAUGAUACCGCUCACUGGAAUCCUCCAUGUUUAAGUGGCAAGGGAAGCAAUGACCUUCUUUGGGGCAGUGUCCCUCAGUACUCCAGCAGUUUGUGGGGCCCACCUGGAUCAGACGAUGCAAGGAUUAUUCGCAGUCCAACACCUCUCAACACUCUUCUACCAGGAGACUUGCUGAGUGGGGAAUCAAUUUGAAGAAAUGUUGCACUUCAAUGCUAUGAAUUUUAUAAAUCAUCAGCACUAACUCAAAACUUCGAAACAAAUAAUAUCCAGUCCUUUCCAGUCCAGGCUUGUGAAGACUAAUCUUCUUCUCUCCAUGCAGUAUCUUCUCCUUCUCAUCCUCCCUACUGCACCCUUGUGAACUGUUCAAAGAAACAGUAUGGGGGCAUGGGAGGGAAGGGGAAAGGAAGGGUUCAGGAGAAAGGGGGAGGAUCUGUUUCUCUUAGUACAAGUGGUCAAGCAAUUUUCUUAAGUUUUUAAGUGUUCAAAGAAGAAUAAAAGAUCAACGCUGCUUUUGCUGGGACUCGAAAGUAAGGGCACUUUUCAUACCACAGGGCUGGAGAGGGUUGUUUUGAGGGCAGAGGGAAUAGUAGGGUGGGAUUUAAAAGCCUAUUUUUAAAACAAGCCUUGGUCUCUUAUGCACAUCAGAUGGGGCCCAUCAGUCAUAGGGGCAGAAGCAAGAUCUGCAUAUUCUUGUUGUUCUGUAUGAAGUUUAUAUUGGUACGGAAACAAUGGAAUGAAGGCUCUAGUUUUACAUCCCUCUUGGAUCUGCCUAUGCACAUAACCUUUAUCCAGAGCCUUUGCUCCUGUUUUUUUUUUUUUUUUCUUUUUUCCCCCCACCUCUAAAACUUGUUCUAAAGCUUCAUAUCAGUCAUAGAUAUACUUGAAUCCAGCAGGUCUACUCCAUAUUUGCUUCUAUUAGGGUUAUGGGCCUCAGCUAUACUGUUUGUAUAAGUGUCUAUGCACUUUCAAAGGGGCACGUCACAUGGUUUCCAAGAGGUGACAUACAAUAUAAAUGUGUGCACAGGUUCCUUUUCUGAAAUCCAUCCCUCUUUUUUUUCUAUAUUACUGUUUGCUAUUACAACCCACAGUUCUGUGCACAAAAAAAAUCUAUAAGCAGUUUUGGGGGUAAAGUUUUUAUUGUCGUUUUUUUUUUUUUUUUCCUUUUGUGUUUCUUAUAUUGGGGUUAGUAUUGCUUUUAGGUCAGUUUUGGAAUAGAUUUAUUUUGAAGUUAUAUACUUUUAUUUUCACCUUUUGACUUUGCACUGAAAUUUUCAAUGCCGCAUCAAGACCUUGCGGUUAACCAAUCUGGUUAAAAAACUUAUAUGUAUGAUCGUAUAUAUGUAUGUGUAUACAUAUACACACACAAACAUACACAUAUAUUCUCUGAGUGUGGAAAGAGGGACAGAGUUAACACGUAUCUAUGUUUACUCAAGGACUUAUUUUUCAAAAAAAAGAAAGAAAAAAAAAUUGCAAUCUCUGAAGAAAAAGUCACAAAUGUUUGUCUACCUUUCCAAUGAUUCAUCCUUGGGAGUAAUGCAUAUUGAUGGACAUUUGCAUCUAUUUGGGGAAUUUGCUUUGGCCCUUGGACUUGCAAACUGGAGCAGCCGCCAUGAGCAGAUCCCUAAAAGGAACACUGCAGAAUGCAGGUUUUGAACUGCGUUUAAAUGCAGAAGCCUCCCCUGGCUCUAACCUGUUUACAAAACUCUUUGUUUUAUGUUAUUCUGUGUUUUCUGCUUUUCUCCAAAAACAAGUACAUAAAAAAAAAAAAAGUAAAAAAAAAAAAAAAAAAAAAAAGAUAAAAAUUGUAAAAUCACUAAACAGGAAAAAAAAUACUUCCAUUGAAUUUCAAAACUAUAUUUUCAAAUAGCUAUUCCUUUACAUCUCGGGGAAAGUACCAGUGUUUUAUUACAGAAAAAAAAUAACGUUAGCCAUUGCUGUGCAACAUUUUUUGUUUCCCCUUUUUUAUAAUUUACAUUUUUUGUCCUUUUUUUUUUUUCUUUGUUGGUGAACGAAAAUCAGAAAAAAAAAAAAAUCUUUUUGAUCACUAUCUUGCACAUCGUGGAUAUCUUUCUCAGGAAAAUGUGACAUUUCCAGAGGAGUAGUACACCACAAAACCAUUUCAUUGUAUUUUUAAGAAAAAUUUAAAAAAAUAUUUACGAAAAAAAUUAAAUAGAUGAAAAAGAAAAUGCUAAAAAAAGAAAAACUACCCAGCUUCAAGCACUGAAAAAAAAUUAUAAGGGGGAAGAACUGAAUACGUACAAGAGGAAGGCAAACAAUCCCUGUUUGUAGCAGUUACAUAUUUACCAAAUAAUGGACUCAAAAUGUUUCAAGAGUGCUUUAUAUGUUUAAAAAAAAAUAUUGCUUUAUGUUGAAUCAAAAACAAUGAAUUUCUUGGCUGUUUAAGUUAAAAACAAGAACAAGAUUAUUUUCCAGAGAGCUGAUGGAAAGACCUUCUUUAUUGCAAACAGGCUGUAAUGUAAAGUAGGCCUAACCUUUCCUGUUUCAAGUUUUUUGGGGUCCACUUUGGUGUUAUCAAAAGGGCAGGAUGGACUGUGAGUGAUAAGCUUUAAGUGGUUUUAUGAAUUGUAUGAUUUGGAUCUCCACAAUGGCUGGUGCCAUCUCUAUUUGCUAAAACAGCCCAUGAAUUGUUCUGCCUUAUGGGCUGUUUCAACAGGGUUGGUGUUAAAUGCCUUCAGUACCAGCUGGGUCUCCAUCCCUUGGGGUACUGGAGUGUUUUAUAUAGGAUCCUGAUCUAUGCACAAGCCAAGUUUGAGACAGAACUACCAUUUUUUUUUUUUUGUGUGUGUGUGCUAGAUUUUUAGUCCAAACUAAUUUGUCCUGUGCAAAUAUUGAACAUCCCUUGCUCAAUCUUUUGGCAAAGCAGAUGGGGGAAAUGACUUUAGACAGUACAACCUGUGUAUUGUAACCCCAUUUUAUGUUUGUUGAGGGUGGGGUUUUAUUCAACAAUAAUAUUGUAUGUAUUACUUCAUAAUGCUACCUCUGUCUGCCAUAUGCUGCCCCUAGAUGGGCAGAAGAACAGACUGUGACAUGGGAGGGUUCUUCCCCUCUCUUAUCUUACUUCAUGAUUAGAAUUAGUCUGUUACAGGCACUGGGACAAUCCUUAAAAUUGUGGCACUCCAAAAUGGGUCAUUGGUUUAGAAUUUAGUUUUUUUUUUUUUUUGUUUGUUUGUUUUUUUGCUUCUUGACUUCUUGACGUGCAUUAUGUUGCUCUCCAGCACUUACUUGUGCUUUUUAAUUUUAAUAUAUAAAUAUAUAUAUAUAUUUUUUUUUUAUGUAGAAGACUAAGAAGGUUCAAAAGGUUUACAAACAAAGUGAACAUAGUGUCUGACAAAGCUUCUUUCCAUGAAGAAUGUUUUAUGUUUCACUCUUUUUUUGUUGGAUGCAAUAUUUUCCCAAAGAUUUAGAGAAAGAAAAACUGAAAAAAGUUUUACUGCCCUUUAUGUCUAUAGCUGCAAAAGGGUUAUUAGUUAAUACACAAGUUCUACUGUACUAGCAAUGCAGGUUGUUGUAGGCACACAGCGAGAAAGUGCAUGACGCUAUUGAUUGUGUACAAGCAAAUGUUAACUGUUCCUUUUGUGUGACAUGCAUCAAUCUGCAGUUUGUCUUUCCUCUGUAUUUGUCUGCAGGAAUUCUGUAUAAAAAAAGUUUAAUUUUUUUUUAACUGCUAACCACUUUUCUGCCAGUGUGACCAACAUAGCGCACAACUAAUGUAUUAUAAUGUGCCCCUUACUGACAGAGAAGAGGUUGUAGAGCACUUUUUGUCAUAUGUUGUGGAGAGUACCUUAAAAAAAAAAAAAAAAAAAGAGAAAAACUAAAUGCAAAAAUGCCACUACACAGCAGUUCUCCCUUCAGAAGCGUACCACCGAUGCCUGACACUCUCCACUUAAGAUGUCCUCUGAGCAUUCACAACACUCAACUUCUAAUUGUCUGGGGGGAGAGAUUUGUGUACAGAAAAAACAGGGCAUUUGAACAUUUCUUCCAUGUGAAAAAAAUUUGUAUGAUUAUAUAAAAGAAUAUACAGUAUAUAGUAUUUGCAGGACACAUUAAUCUCUCCAAAUAUGUUACUGAAUUUAAAACAAAAAAGUAAGUAUCUGUGUCAGAUUUUCUUUUUGGUGUCUUAUAAUGUCUGUAACUGAAAUAUAAGGACAAGAGGAAGUGUGUGGCUUAAUUGUUUUUUUCUCUCUCUCUUAGAAUGUGUUUGUUAAAGAAUUGCACCAAAAGAUGCUUUCAAAAAUAUUGAAGCUUCUUAAAAACGUAAUAAACUGCAGUUUUGUUUG